CCAAGGUGCUGCUGAGAGGAACUUGAGUGCAGCCUGCGGCUGGGCCGGCUUCCUGUUUUGUGAGGCCAAGGCGGGCGCCGUUGGAGGGCUCGGGGCUAAGCGGCCAGGGCUUAGCGGUAGCCACUGAGGUAGGGACGAGCCAGCGGUGUGCGAUGCUUCCCCGGGAGCCAGCAGCGGGAGCCCAGCAACUUCAGGACCAGGAAGACCGGCCGGGCAGCUGCUCAGAGGCCUCCAUGCCUGGCCCAGGUCCCAGGCCCGUCCCCCGCUGUGUCCGCCGCCCUGAGACCUACGAGGCCAAGUGUGAGCGGCGGCAGGAGGCCCGGGAGAGUCGGCGCUGGCGCCCCAAUGUGACCACCUGCCGUCCAGCAGAGAAGGUGGUACGCAAACGGCUCCAGGAGCAGCAGCUGCAGGGUGCCAGGCAGCGCCAGCUCCUCCUCAGGAGGCGUCUGGAUGGACCCGACGUGGUCAGCGGCAAGUCCUUGCUGAGAAAGCAGCUGCCAGGAACCAACUCUGGACUCUGUGCCCUGCCCCAGCACUCACCUCCUACGGGUGUCCCAGGAGAGCUGGCUGCCCCCCAGCCCCACAAGCUGCACUUCGGCACCCAGACACUGGCAGAAGUAGCCAAGCCCCCUGACAGGAGAGACACGAGCCAACAAACCAACUGUGGUGUGGCAGUGCUGGAUCAGGAAAUUGUGCAGCUCUCCGAGUACCUGAAGGAGGCACUGCAGAGGGAACUGGUGCUGAAGCAGAAGAUGGUACUGCUCCAGGACCUGCUGGCCACACUGCUCCGUACCUCACACAACUACUGGACAGGGCAGCUGAACGAAGACAAGCUGAGGAGCCGACUGCAUACCCUGGAGAGCCAGCUCCGCACCUGUAUGCAGAAAGCCCCCCCGUGGGGCCUGAAGAAGGCCCUGCUGGAGACGGAGCAGAGGCGGAGCAGCUAUGAGCUGCAGGCCAAGGAGCUGCUGUGGAAGGUGCUGGAGGAAAAGAGGGCGGCCGAACAGCAGCUGCGGAGCACACAGCGGUCCCUGGCUCUGGCCGAGCAGCAGUGCGCGGAGUGGAGGGCCCGCUGCAAGGCCCUCCAGGCAGGAGGGAGCAGCCCGCAGGGACGCCAGAGCAGCUGCAGGCCGCAGGUCAGCAGGGCUGCUCAGUGGAGGGGGGAUGCCGGGGGUGCUCAAGAUGACGCAUCAUCCCAGCAAGUGCAGAGCUCCUCACAGGCCUGGAGGGCAGGAGAAUCAGAACGGGACUGGACCCUGAGUCCAUGAGGCUGUGGGCCAGAAGGGGACCAGCCUCCCACUGCCCACAUCCCCUCACCCUCCUCUGACAGGGUACAGAGCAGAGCAACGGCCUGGAGGCAGCAGCAGGCCCACAGAGGGACAGAGGCCCACAUGGUCCAUGUACCACAACCUGCCCAGGUAAAUUCCAGACCAGGCCCUGAGAACUCUAAACCUGGCCACCCUCCCAGAACCCAGGGCCCCCCAGCACCCUUCACUGGCACUGGCCACGCCUGAGCCCAAAUUACCCCGUGACUAUACAGGGCCCUGUGCUUCCUUCCAGCCCAGCUGCAGCAGCCGUAGGCGUGUCCCCGUGCUGCAGAGUGACCAGUAGGGUGAGUUCUCCCUGGAUGGCCCAGGGCUCCUGUCCACCCACGUCUCAGAGCAGCCCCACAUAGGCACAGACCACCUGCCAAGGGGGCAGAGGGCCAAGACAUCCUCCCUCACGCUCCUCCCCUCACCCCUCCACUUCAACCUGAAAACCACCUUUUCAGAGCAGGGGAAGCAGGAGUGUGGGGGGGGGGGCGGGGAGGGAGAAGCAGGGUGUUAGGACACACUGGUGUCAGGACACACAUAGGAUGCCAGGCCCCCAACUGAGCUGGAAUGAGGUGGCCAACUCACCUUUCCCACAUGGAGCUGGCCUGGAAGACAGCCAGGAAAGAGGAGUUGUGGACAGGAGCAAGUAGGAGAUAGCAUGAGGGGUGGCUCUUGUGCCCCUUGCCCCACAGAACUGGGGGCCUAAGCACACCCCAGCCAGAUACGUGCCACCAGUCCCUGCUCCUCAUAGUACUGCACUGGGGCGCAUGACCUUCUCCAGGCCCUCAGCUGUCUCCUGAAUCCCUGCUCAAACCCCAGGCGUCAGCCUGAGUCCCAAUGUGCUCUAGUCUGACCUGGGGGGCAGAGCCCAUAGCAUCACCCCUACUUGUGAAGCCCUGUGCAGACACCCUUCGGGCAGAGUUGAGGCAGACCCGUUUCCAGCAGGUCUGCUGCAGAUGCCACCCACCAGCCCCAGCACCAGACAGCGCCUGCCUGCCCCCACGAACUCUGACACCAGAGUUUGGUGUCACCAUCUGAUGCACCCAGGUCUUGUGCCAUGGUCAGACAGGAGCAGAAAGGGGGAGUCUGGCCUCCCUCUGGGAAAGGCCCUGUGUGCACCUCAUCCAAUAAAGGCCGUUUGAAUUCAGGACUGCAUGUCUUCUCAUAGAUGAGCUGCAGGGAAACCCCUGCCUGGGUCCUGCCUGCCCCCACCCUACCCCUGGGCACAGACUGAAGCCAAGUGGGCCUCCAGCACAUAGACAACUAAAUAUGCGGACCUCGGUCAGUCACAGAAACUGUUCUGCCCUGUAGAAGGUGCUGCAAGGGACAGGGGACUCAGUAAGAAGCCAGCCUACAAUGGCCUGAGCCCCUGCUCUGGACACACUGCAGAAACCAGAGCAUCCCCCUCACCUCCCGGUGGGGUGGUGACCCUCAGACACGGCCAGCCAGGCUUGCCUUUGUAGAUCGUGCUGGAGCCCGGGGCAGCCAGGAAUGUGAGAGCAGCUGCAGGAGGUGGCUCUGCCUUGGGCCAAGGAGGCAGCAAAGGAUGGGGUGGUGAACAGGGCCAGCAGUGGGACAGCAAUGCAGGGCAGCUCAGGUCCCUCUCUCCAGGACCCCCGCCACGUUCUUAGGGGACAGUCACCCCCGAGAGAGGCAACUAGAGACACAUGCAUUAACCAUCCUAGAACCUCCCCAUGUCUUUAAACAUGUAGCUCCCCGCAGACCCCCAGCUAUACCCUGACUCUCACACGAGUAUGCAUUUACCAACCACAUAUACACAGAGCGUACCACCCAGAUCAUCCAUGAACACACACAACCAUUCACAUGCACCUCCUGGAUCAUAUAUGAAUACACCACCAUUCACACAAUGUAAACAAUGUACCUCCAGAUCAUACAAAAACAUGCAUCACGAUUCACAUGCUCACAGCAUGCCUCCUGGAUCAUAUAUAAACAUUCAUCACCAUUCACACAUAGUACAUCUCUUGGAUCACACAUGAACAUGUGUCACCGUGCACACACAGUACACCUCUCAGACCAUACAUGAACACGCAUCACCAUUCACACACAGUGUAUCUCCUGGAUAAUACAUGAACACGCAUCACCAUUCACACACCAGUGCACCUCCCGGUUCAUAUACACAUCACCAUUCAUGUGCACACACGGUGCACCUCCGCGAUCAUACAUGAGCAUGAGCCACCACUCAAGUGCAUAUGCAGUGUCCCUCAUUUCAUACAUGAAUGUUACAAUCUACACCCAAGCACCUGAAAGUUCAUGCAUGAACACAUUACCAACCACAUACAUGUGCCUGCUGGCUCACAAGUGCGCAUAUCACUCACACACAUACCAUCUACAUGCACAGGCAUGUUAGAUCACUGGCCUGUUAGCACAUGAACAUGCAGUGAAGCGAGAGCCCCUCAGGCAUACCCAGGUCGGCAGGUUUGUACAGGGACCUGUGCGUGAGCAGAGCCAGACAGCCUUGGUGUUCCGCCCUGACACCUGCCUGCAGAAGCUGCAGUGCUGCCAGGAUCAGCCCAGCACCGCGAGCACCCUCCACCCCUGCUGCCCAACCACAGGCGCAUGUGAGUGGGUAUGAGUCCACAACAAGGUCCCGUUCCAGCUGCUGCCUCCUGGCCCACAGCAGAGCCUGAACGUCUACACCCCCAGGCAGGUUCCAGAAAGAAGAGCAAAGGGGUGCAGAACUCAACCAUCACUGGCAUUGCAGAGCUUUUCCAUCCUAUUGGAAGCCACCACCAGGCUUGCGGGCCACCAGUUAGAGGCUUUAUCCCGAGGGAGAUGAUUAUGAGUGAGUGUUAGCCCCACCAGGUUCUACAGGACAGCCCUGGGCCUCCCCAACCCCAUAGAGGCAGUGUGGCCAGUGGUGGACCUGGCCGCCAUCCUGGCCAAUAAGGGCAGCAGUCUGAGAGAGAUGGGAAGAACCUUAAUGCAGCCUGCUGUCAAAAAA